GCAGGUGAGUUUCAUCAGGGUGGGAGUUACCCAGACUUCCUUGUAUCUUUAAAAACGCAGUUUCAGAAAACUUUUAUAUCGCGAUUUAUUUUGUGUGAUUCAGCAGCAGUAUUUGUUUGCGUUGUAGUUCUCACUGUCUUUCCUGACUGACUAAUUCAGUGCGUUUUCCAGCAGAGCUCGUUGUGAGUUCACAGGUCGCGAGGAUGACCACUCGAGUGUACUGCUCGUUGAUUGUCGUUUUAUUGUGCCUGUCUGCAUGUUUGUGCACAACACAGGUCGCAGAGUCCGGUCAGUGUCCGGUGACGCUGACAGUCGAGCCAUCCAGUCGAGGAUGUACUUCCGAUAGAGACUGCGCUGGAGGACAUAAAUGCUGUCAAUUUCCCUGUGGGCCCGCAUGUGUGCCACCUGUUUUCAUGAAGCCUGUGGCUAAGCCGCCAAAGCCUGCGGCCGAGCCGCCAAAUCCUGCAGCAGAACCGCCAAGGAACCCUAAGUGGGGUGACCACGAUGACCAUGAUGACCAUGAUGACCACGACGACCAUGGUGACCACGGCAACCACAAUGACCAUGAUCGUCAUGAUCAGUCAGGGUCACGUUCACGAUGCCGGUCACGGUCACCAAGAAAGUCACGGUCACGAUCACCAAGAAAGUCACGGUCCCGGUCACGAUCACCAAGAAAGUCACGAUCACGAUGCUGAAGUUCUUUUACAGAUCUUUUCAGUGCGUUUAUUCAUAUGGAAUGUUCACUGUUUAAUACCAAAUAAAUAUUGUUUAAUUAAA